AUGAGUGAUAAACGUGGUUUUCGUGUUGAUGAACUGUUGUCAGAUGACAAUAAACCCGCCAUUAUACAGGAUACCGGAGGAAGAUCUACCGUACCAUCAAAUAAUAAUCAGAAUAAGACAAGACGUGCUCGAACGGCAUUUACCUAUGAACAACUAGUAGCGCUAGAAAAUAAAUUCAAGACCUCACGAUACUUGAGCGUUUGUGAACGGCUGAAUCUGGCUAUCCAACUACAUCUCACUGAGACUCAGGUGAAGAUAUGGUUUCAAAAUCGUCGUACAAAGUGGAAAAAGCAUAAUCCGGGGAUGGAUGCGAACUCGUCGCCUUCGCCAACUGGCAGCAACACGUCUUCUGGUGGUGCUGUAUCGGAAAAGAUUGCUGCACCAACAAUGCCAUUACCUCCAACUAACAUGAUUCCAUUCGGGACGCCAUUACUAUCAGUGACGUCAAUUCCACAAGUUACUACACCAUUAAUUCCAUUUCAUUUCUACACCAUCAACACUAUGCGCGCAGUUAUUAUGACCCGUCACAGAUUAACCGUUCUCUCCAUAGACGGCCAUAUCAUCGGUGAUGUCCUAUUCCAGGGGAUAUUAUGCUCCUUGACUCGGUGGUUAAAGUACAAAGAUCGCGCUGAUGAUCUUAAUGUGUGCGGCACUUGA